UGUUCUCUCUAUGGAGGAUACAAGUGUAAUUAAACAGAUAAUAAAGGAAAUGAAGGGUGAGAAGAGAGAGAGAAGCUGAUCUUAAUUUCUUAAAGGAAUGGCAUCCAUUUCAUGGUUCAGCUGUCUACACAUCCGACCAACAGCCACUGCCGGCGACAAAGGUUUAUCAUCUCCCAUAACCGUGGAACAUCAUAAAACAAGACCACAAAAUUUACUCUCAUCCUCGGAAGAAGGACUUGCGAUUAAUAGAAGACAACUAAUUCUUUACACAUCCACUGCAGCAAUUGCAGCUUCAUCUACUGACUCAAAUGCAUUGGCACUCAAUGAUGUAUCUGAGGAUUUUAGUAUCUACACUGAUGAUGAGAACAAGUUCAAGAUAGAUAUUCCACAAGAGUGGCAAAUUGGAACAGGAGAGUCUGCAGGGUUCAAAUCAUUAACUGCUUUCUACCCAAAAGAGCAAUCUAAUUCCAAUGUGAGCGUUGUGAUCACAGGAGUGGGUCCAGAUUUCACUAAGAUGGAAUCAUUCGGCAAAGUUGAAGAAUUUGCUGACACUCUGGUUAGUGGGUUGGAUAGAAGCUGGAAAAAACCACCUGGUGUGGCUGCUAAACUCAUAGAUUGUAAAUCAUCUAAAGGAUUUUAUUUCAUUGAGUAUACGCUGCAAAGUCCUGGUGAGGGUCGCAAACAUCUAUAUUCAGCUAUUGGGAUGUUAACAAAUGGCUGGUAUAACAGACUGUAUACAGUGACAGGACAGUAUGGGGAAGAGGAAACAGACAAGUAUGCUUCCAAAAUUCAGAAGGCAGUUCGAUCGUUUAAGUUCAUAUAAAGAAAUGUUUGCGACGAGAGAAAUUUUUUCUUUGCUUUCUUUCAUGGGAUCCCUCAUGAUGUUUUCAUUACAUUAUUUCCAUGCUAGAAAUGUUUGUCAAAAUCCUAAAAGUAUGAUAUUUACUAUGACAUUUCCUUCAAAACUGAUAAACCAAAACAGUAUAAAUGCAUAGCACUAAUUGAUGUAAUGGAUAAGAUAUUUUGAAGUGAAUACAACAAGUACCUUCGGUUAAACAUUA